AUAAUUAACGACAAUUUUCUGGCUAUGAAAAACAUUCUUUCUGUGCUAGGUGAGCAUGGCAGAGACUCAGUAAAAGAUCUCCUUAGUGGAGCAGCCAAUUUUCAGAGGUAUGAUCUUUCCGUGUCUCAUCUGCCAACCUUCGAAGUAAUCCUAGAACACCCAUUUAGUGCAUGGGCCAUUCAUGACUGACAGGACAACUGGUUGUCUGUUGAAAUCCAAAACAACUGGUUCAUAUUCCCCCAUUGGUUCACGCCCUUCUACACCCUCUCAGUGAACUUCAAAACUUAACUCUAACUCUAGCAGUGUUGUCAACCCUUGAGAUUUUAUCAAGGAGCUUGUGAUAUUUGGUGUUCAUAUUAACCUCCUCCGACUACCUAGUUGCUGGGAUUUUUAAAAAAAAAGUAAAUUUCUAGCCCCUUAUGGCUACAGAAAAAACCUUUAAAAUUUGAAACAAGUGCACACUAAGUCUCAGAAACCAGAAAGCGAAUAAUCUCCCCCCCUUUAUUAUUUUAAAAGAAACUAAUGAUUUUUAAGCCAACCUCAUGAUUUUGGGGGAUCUCAUUUGAUUUUUUUAACUCUUGAGAUUGGCAAUACUGACCUGCAGCCAAAAGGUCUACAAACUGUAUUUGAUUUAAAUCAAAGCCACAGUAAUUGUGGAGAUGUUGUUAAAGAAUUGUUUAAAGACAGUGACUGGUAAUAAAUGUUGCUUUUAAUUUUAUCAGUUUUCCUGUUUGUGUAUUUGUGGUGAUUUUUAGGUAGCUAAAGUCCACAUACAAAUGCUGGAUAACAAACAAUGAGGAUACUUUCUGAUAGGUUAUUCACACCACCAUGUUCCUUAGGAAAAUCUAUGGCAAAGGAUCUACAAAAGUAAUGACAAAUGAAGCUUUUUUGCAGACGAUGCACCACCUUGGAACACAGAUAACGACAGGUCUAGAGUGUGGAUCUGCCACAAGCAUGUCCUCAGACGUGAGCAAUUCAAGUUAUGAAAAGAUGCCAACAACUUCAAAAAUCAUCCCUAAAGACUGUGUCACUGAUUUUGGCAAGGACAAAUUUCACAUUGACGGACCUGAGCAUUGGCACAAACAUUACCCUAUUGCCAAAGGAGACCAUCAGUCACCUAUUGAAAUCAAUUCCAAAGAGGUCCAGCAUGACCCCUCUUUACCGCCUUGGUUUGUUGGUUAUGAUCCUGGUGCAGCGAAGACCAUACUGAACAAUGGGAGAACCUGCAGAGUUGUAUUUGAUGACACUUUUGAUAGAUCAGUGGUGCGAGGUGGACCACUCCAAGGAACCUACAGGCUGCGUCAGUUUCACUUUCAUUGGGGUUCCUCUGAUGACCAUGGCUCUGAGCACGUUGUAGAUGGAGUGAAAUAUGCAGCAGAGCUUCACUUGGUACACUGGAAUCCGAAAUACAGUAAUUUUGCUGAAGCUUUGAAACAACCUGAUGGUGUGGCUGUUGUGGGCGUUUUUCUGAAAGUAGGAAAAACUCCCAAACCAGAGAUGAAGAGAAUUCUUGAAGCAAUAGAUAAUAUUAAGACAAAGGGGAAAGAGGCUCCUUUUCAAAACUUUGAUCCAUCAAUUCUUUUCCCUAAAUCUCGGGACUAUUGGACCUACCAUGGCUCCUUCACUACACCUCCUUGUGAAGAGUGCAUUACCUGGAUUCUUCUGAGGGAGCCUAUUGAAGUCAGCCCAGACCAGAUGGCAAAGCUCCGUAGCCUUUCCAUCAAUGCUGAGACAGAACCUGCUCGCCCCAUGGUGGAUAACUGGCGCCCUCCUCAGCCUCUGAAGGGAAGGGUGGUGAAAGCUUCUUUCCAAUAAAAUCUGUACUAAAAUCGGGUGUCUUCAACUGAGGAAAUUCCUACAUCCCAAAGCCUAGUUAGCUUUGUGCUCUCUACUGCUCUUCCUCUGGAGGCAGAUCUGUGUUUCUGAUUCUGAAAUGCUGAGUAGUGAAAUGUCGUGGAUCAAUUAAUCUAAUGCCGAGAAGUCAAAAAUUACUCGAGGCAAACUCUAACCUUAACAUGAAAAUGUGGAAUCUGUGUUUGGAUCUCAAUAACAACCAUGUUAGCUUUAGCAGUAGUAUUUUUAUGGAUAUUUCUAAGGGAAAAAAAUGUAUAAUUACUAAUGGCUAGAAAAGGCAUUUUCGCACUAUCCUUAUGUCCUUCAGUGCUCACCUUUUUCAAGACCACAGAGGUUUCCAACUAACAGAAACAAUGUCAUCUGAAUUUAAAAUGGGAAAUAUGGGUCAAAUUCUGUUAUUGAUUGUACUAAUGUAAUCCAGUGGGAACUCCUGUGUGUAACUGAGGGCAGAGUUUUGGCCUUUGUAUUCAGCUAGAUAAUUAAAGCAAGUUAAGAUUUUAACAAACUGAAAAGUUAAUAUUGUACAGUUUUAUUUUGAAAAUUGAAAUCAAGAUGUUUGGUCAAACUAAGAGUAUAGAAUUUAUAGGCCUUGAUGGAUGAAGGUGGAUAGAUUCUGUAGAAAUCCCUUUAGCAUCCUAAGAGUUAUUUCACUUCCAUUUUUAAUACUAUAACAUUUUCCUUACAUGUCUUAAGGCCAAAUUUUGCCCUCAUGCACAUAUGUAUUUGAUCCUGAGGUCACUGACAUUUGUGUGCAAGUACCCGAGACCAGAAUUUAAUUUACUAUCUAAAAGCAAUUGACUGCUAAGUUCUCUUACUUUGCUGUUGGACUUAUCUUAUCGUUGCAAAAGCAGUGAAACAGGACUGCAUGACUGGACUUGAAGUAACAGCACCACUUCUGUCUUAGGACAACCAACACUAAUAAAUACUCUUAAAUAA